AUAUGUUAUAGCGUGAGGAAUAUAUCCGAAUUUAGAACGUAAAUGUAACAGAAAUUAAAUUGACUUCGCAUAUCCAUAAAUUGAAUCAAAUCAAUAACAGAUAGAUACAGGAGAAUCGUGAGAUGGGUUGCUUCGCUUGUUUCGAUGGCGGAAGCAAGCAGCGUCGACGCGAAGAGGAUCGUUUGGCCUCCGAAGAAGCCCGCGCCAAAGCCGCCGAAGCUGCCCAGAAAAGGCAAGAGCAAUUUGAGCAAUCCGCAGCAGGAAGAGCUGCAAAAGCGCAGAUAGCGGCUGCUGCAAAACAAAACGCAAACACUAACAAAGGCGAACCAGUUCUUAAGUGGCAAAUGGGAUGAGGUUACACUUCAUUGAUAGACCUUCCACUGCACUAAGUGAGUAUACAAAUUGUUGUUUGCACAAUGUUUUCGACUUUGCCCAUUAUUACAACUGUAUAAACUCCUCUCGACUUCUUAAGUGCUCGUAUGGCCGCGUGGUGAAGGUGCUGAAGUGCGACUUGAUUAUGUAACUUUUCUAAAAAAAAUUUCCUGCAGAUUUAUGAAGUUUGGCAAAGUUAAUCCAUCUAUGAAUGUGGAGUAGACAUCUUUUUAUUCUUAAAAUUGUAAGUCUCUGUAUAGGAAGUGUGGAUAAGCCUAAUAAUUUCUCGUUGUAUUAUGUCAACUUAUUGCUCUGUAACUUUUGUUAUUGUUAUAUAAUAUGAUGAUUCUCACUUUUCUUGAA